AUGAACUGCCCGGGUAGUCCCGACUUUGUCCUCAAUCUCAAAUCGAUACCUGUUCCUGAGGUGUUAGGUUCUGGUAUCUGCUGGGCGGGUCCUUAUAUCGUUAUGUCAUUUCUCGAAGGAAUGCCACUAUCACAACUCCUUGCAGAUCCCUCGACAGAAGGAAGGCCAGUCUUGAACCCGCAAAUAAGGGAUCGGAGCUUGAAGCAGGCGUAUGGCGAAAUCGCCGUACUUAUUCUCGAAUUAUCCAAGUGUGAAUUUGAGGCUGUUGGUGCUCUCGAAGAAAACGAAGGACGCUUUUCUAUUACUAGGCGACCCCUCACCUUCAACAUGAACGAGUUGAUGGCAUCUGCAAAUUUACCUGAAGAAGCAUUUCCCUCGCACACCUUCAGGUCGGCCGCGGACUAUUUUGAAGCGCUUGCUAUGCAACAUUUCUCUCAUCCUCGGUUACAGCAACGAGAUGCCGUUAGCAGCGAAGAGGACUGCCGGAAGAAAUUCACCGCUCGCUGUUUAUUUCUUGAUAUUACGAAGAGACUUUGCACCGAAAAUUCUCAAGGCCCGUUUCGGUUAUAUUGCGACGACUUUCGUCCUUCAAACAUCCUUAUACACCUUGAUACCGCCUCUCGUGCCUUGCGUGUCUCAGGAGCUAUUGACUGGGAGUUCACAUAUGCUGCGCCUGCUGAGUUUACAUAUGUGGCUCCUUGGUGGCUCCUGUUGCAAAGCCCAGAGGACUGGGAGGGCGGUCUCAACGAGUUCCUUGCUCGUUAUAUGCCCAGGCUUCGGGUCUUUUUGGAAGUCUUGAGUGAUCGGGAAGAUAGAUUGAUAGAACAAGGCGUCCUCUCUGAAACGCAGCGUCUUUCCCACCGGAUGGAACAUUCCAUGGAAUCUGGGCUAUUUUGGGUAUGCCUAGCGGCGAGAUACAGUUCCAUGUUCGAUGAAAUCUAUUGGACAUUCAUCAACAAGCGGUAUUCUGGAGCCUUUACUUCACUGGAAGAACACAUCCAGCUUUUGGACCAAGAACAGCGGCGCGAAAUGGACGAUCUCUAUCAAAAACUCUGCCAAGGUUGUUGA